AAGGAGGGUGUGGUCACACUCAUUCCAUCAAAGUGCUUACGGCCAUAUUAUCAUCUGCGCAUAUUCGGAAUGCAGACAAAAGCUCUUCCCCCUUCCCUCCUCAAACCCUAAUCUUCCUCAACAGUUUUUCUUGGUUUCCAAUUAAAAUAGUUUUCUAUAAAACUACUUAUUUCCUUUCCGGGUCCCCUCAUUUCCUGCUCGCCGUAGGCACUGCUAAAUCCACUUUUUUCUCGUCAUAUUAGCUUACCUUUCUCUCACCAUCUCUUCACAACCUGAUCUCUUUGGAUCCCAGACCCUCUCUCUCUCUCUCUCUCUCUCUCUCUCUCUCUCUCUCUCUCUCUUCCCCAAAACUUUCUAUAUAUAAGACCUUUAAGUGUUUACUGUUGUGAUACAUAGCCCAGUUCUAAAGCAGGAGGGCAUUGAAAGAGAAUAAAAGCAUUUUGCUUUCUCCUUGGUGUUCUGCAAUUUGCAAGAGCUUCUUAUCUUUUUUCGGUUGCUUUCUUUCUUCUCCUUGAGUAGACAAGUUUUCUUUGACUGCUUACGGAACAUGUCGACCAGCAUCGAUGUUGCGCCUGAGCAACUCUGCUACAUCCCCUGCAACUUUUGCAACAUCGUUCUUGCGGUAAGCGUUCCAUGCAGCAGUCUCUUCGACAUCGUAACAGUCCGCUGCGGGCACUGCACCAAUCUAUGGUCCGUGAACAUGGCCGCUGCGUUUCAGUCACUGUCAUGGCAAGAUGUUCAGGCACCAAAUAACCACGUCACACCAGAUUACAAGAUUGAGUCGGGCUCCUCUUCCAAAUGCAACAUGAGCAAGGUUGCAAUGCGAGCACAGGUCACCAACGCCACUCAGGAAAGGGUAGUGAAUCGACCUCCCGAGAAGAGGCAGCGAGUACCAUCUGCUUACAAUCAGUUUAUAAAAGAGGAGAUCCAGAGGAUCAAAGCCAAUCAUCCGGACAUUAGCCACAGGGAAGCAUUUAGCACUGCUGCAAAAAAUUGGGCACACUUCCCUCAUAUUCAUUUCGGGCUGAUGUUGGAGACCAACAAUCAAGCUGCUAAGGCGCUGGACAAUGGUUCUCAUGCGAAGCAUCUAAUGUCAAGGCCUGCUGGAUCACUACUGAAUAAAUGAAGGCUGUCAUGAUUCAGCAGCUUCCAGAGAUCAAGACUUGCUCGUGGAUGGAUGUACUGAUCAUCCAUCUACGUAAUUCUCGUUCUUGAUUUUCAAGUAAACAAAAACCUCUGAUACUUGAUUUCUUGUGCUUUAAGGACAGCUCAAUAUUAUAUAUAUAUAUAUAUAUAUUUGUGACUA